AUGCAACCAACUUCUCAAUUUCCGUUUGUUCAUCUUUCGACCGAGCUUGUCCUGCUCAUCCUCAGAUAUGCCUCAAGACCUACUUUCUUCAAAACUCACAAAAAUCCAUAUUCAUCCGCGCUCUCACUCUGCCGCGUCUCCAAAAUUAUCAGACGCACCGUCCUUCCCGAAAUUCUACACACAGUGUUGCUCUCGGAAUAUCACAAUAUGACGGCCUUCGUGCAUGCUCUGCGCCUGCAGAACACAUACGCCCAACAAGGAAAUCACCUUCAUUUCAACUACGCAGCUCACAUACGCAAGAUUUGGUUUGGACAAAUCUGCGAACCUCCACCACAAGCUCCCAUGCGCCGCAACUUUGCCCUAUAUGCACAGUCUGAGUCUGACAUUGACUUCAGCCUUCUGGCUCCAGUGCUACUAUCAGCACCGUCCCUUGCGCUUGACUUUGGAAGUCUGUGGCUUCUUUACGGCUGCAUCGAGUCCGUAUGGAACUCCCACGUUGCCAUGAAUAUCGACCAUGAACACUUUCCUCCUUGGAGCACAAAAUCUUUGACACUAGUGGGGGAUCUCAUUCGUUGGCAUCCCCUCACAAGCAGUGCCGAGGGAUCCGCUUUUCUUGCUUCCAUCUCUCGCCUCACCUUCCUCUCUCCCACAACAUUCGACGAUUUGGAACCCCAGAGCCACCUGCUCCCUGAGUGGAUGGCGAGCGUUCCAUGGGCUUCUUUCAAAAGCCUUAGAACGGUCUCGCUUGUCCUCCCCCGUAUCGUAAUCACGGGCGCUGCGAGGACAUGUAUCAGCGAAGAGAACGUGGACGUCGAGCUGCUGACGCUGUCCACUCCCUCGAUGUCUAGCCCCUGGAGACACAAGUCCAUAAACGCCUACACUGAGAGUGGGGAAGGGCAUGUUUUGUCAGUUGAUGUUCGUACUAAAUCGGAGGAUCUUCGCAUGCAGUUUAAUGUUUCCUAUGAUUGGGAGGAGGCCUGGGCUUGUGGACUAUUGUAA